AUGAGCAAAGAAAAGAAAUGGGGGCCCAGCGAGCAGCUCGACCUCGCCUUGGCCGUCCUAUUCUCCCAGGGAGGCGACAAGCCCAAGUACGACUGGGCCAAGAUCCACGAGUACAUGACCGACUGGGGUCACACCUUCACCCGCGAGGCCACCAGCCAACACUGGUCCAAGGCCAUCCUCCGCGACUUCAAGAAGCGUCGCGGUGAUUCCACGCCCGGCACUCCAGCCCUUCCUGCCUCACCUGUCAAGUAUCUUGGCUCCGCAAAGAAGGUCAGCAAGCGUGGUACGGAUGCUUUCGCUGCCGAGGGAGAUGACGACGACCCUGCUGCUGAGCUUGCCAGGCCUACAAAGAAGCGUAGGGGCAAGUCCGCUACUAUUCCUGUCAAGGAGUAUGAGGAGGAUUACGAUUCCCUCGCCCAAGCUGAAGCCCUCAAGGUCGAUGUCACUCCCAAGGUUGAGGAGGACUGA